AUGCUUGUUGUUGAAAGUUCUUUCCCACACUGCACCCCUUUUUCUGCUUCUUUUCCUUUGUAUACACAGCUGAAGAAGCCCUCGUCCCAUCUCUGUGACAGAGCGGUGCACUUCCAUGUGAUGAGCCUGCAGGACUGCUUCCUAGUGUGGGUCGGCUUCUCUCCCAGCCUGAGGAACCUGGCGAUGGCCAUGUGCAGCAGAUAUGACACGGUACCAUUGUCUACUUUGAUACUUGGAGACAAGUCUGAUCCUACUUCAAGUUCUUUUGCACAGAGGUUGGCAAUGAAGACUAAAAAGCAAGUGUUUGUUAGCAUCAGCAUUCCAACAACUGACAGCCAGCUAUUGUUGCUGAUCGAGAAACGAAUCAAGCAGGAAAUGGAGACCUUUCCUGAAAAGUUUUAAAGGACAGAAUGUUACACUGACCAGGUACCUAACCCUGCCUGUGCAGAUCUACAGCGCCAUCACGGUCAUUGGAAGUCAAUGAGGAGCAGCAGAGAGUGCUGGGAAAAGAAGCCAGUAGAAGCUGAUUACGUACCAAAGACCAAAUGCAUAACAUUAGCCCCUAUUACCAGAUUUAAAUGUAUUAGGGGAUUCAAGGGAUAAAGCUCACAUUUUCAAAUAAGA